CCUCGAAGUUCGAGAUGAGAGAGGGGUCCUCGAUGUAGGACCGGGGAAUCCAGGAGCGUUCUUCCGGGCCGUAUCCCUCCCAGUCCACCAAAUAUUGAAGACCCCGACCACGGGGGCGGGAGUCGAGGAUGCGCCGAACCUUGUAUACCAGCCCCCCUGAGCUGAGGCGGAGCCGGAACCGGGCACAGAGGGCUGGAAACGACGGGCUUAACCAGGGAGACAUGGAACACGGGAUGGAUCCAAAGAGACGACGGGAGUUCCAACCGCACGGUCGUCAGGCUAGGGGAGCAUUUUUAUGUGGCCCGCAAGAUAAAUAUCAAAAAUAUAUUCAAACUGACCCGCUGGCCGAUUUUACUGCAAAUACUACAACUCCCAUGAUGCUUUGCGGCGUUAGCACGGAGCCGAGAGGCCCCCUCCUUUGUGUUUUUUCCAGCGUCUGCUGCCGGUGUGGACAAACUAAACAAGUUUACUCAGCUAUUUGCCGACGUUGAAGCCCAGAAACGGAGAUUUUAACCGCUCAGUAAUGUGUUCACAACUGAAAGAGAAAGUUCUCCAACUAACUUCCAGACAGAGCUGAUGUCACUCCAGCGAGCAGCGACACGCUCAAACCAGCAUGACUCUGUGGCUGCUGUCUUUUUUAUUUUUCCUCCCCGACACACAACAACGUGGUCAAGCUGCUCAGACAUGUUCAGCAGCACAAACCUAUGUGAGCACCUGUUGUCAUCUAAUGUUGUCAUUAUUAUGAUGAAGAUGAACAAAACAACAGGAGUCUCCUCCUCAGCUCAGAUCAGCCCCAUGAUGCAGGUAUCUGGCUGGAACAGGUGAGAAUCACAUAAUCAGUGGAGCAAACUGAGCUUUAAAUAUUUUGGUUUUAUGCUCUUUUUCUGCUCCAAAACAUGAAAGUUAACAGGUGAGAUAUUGCAUUUUCAUUUAAGAUAAAAUUAUAUUUUUAUUUUGUUGUUGGCCCGUGAGAAAAGACUUAACCUACAGUAAAACAGGAAAGGCUGCAGAUAGAUGAAUAGAAUAGAAAAUCCCUUUAUUGUUCCUCAGUGGGGAAAGCUAGAUGCCACAGCAGCGUUGACACUUAUUAUAAGAGAAAAAAAUGAGAAUAAACAACAAGAAAACAUAAAUCCUGAAUAGAUUUUAAAAAUGCUGAACGUGCCACAAGUAAUGAAUACCACUGAUGCGUUUUAUUUAAAACUGACUUGCUCGUGUGUAAUUUGGUUAUUCCACUUUCAGUGUUAAUGCAAAAAUAAGUUUGUUUCCAAAUUAAAAGGUUCAAAAUUGCUUAUAUGUUGAUGAAGAAAAUGGUCAUAUUUGACGUUACUUUUUCAAAAAACAUUAAGUUUGGCCCUCGACUCCGUCCCAGAUUUUCAUUUCGGCCCAGUAUGAAUUUGAGUUUGACAUCUAGAUCCUGAAGCACUAAUCCAAAAACUGUAAUCUGCCAUUUUUCUAACCCAGAACAAGAACGUUUGUAAAGUCAUAAUCGGUGAUUGAUGGUAAAUAAAACAAGUUUCACUAAAAGACAUAAUUAGAACAUCAACAGAACCAGCUUCUGGCACUUUAAAAACUCAAUAACUUCACUGGGGAAAGAUGUGGAGCAGGAGGGUGGCGGAAUCCGUCUGGACCAAUCAGAAGGCAGGCUUCUGUUAACAGACAAGCCCCUCAGCCAAUCAGAAGGCAGCGUUGUCUACGGUGGGUUUGGCUUGUUGCCAAAGUCUGGAUAAUGUCAAACCCAGCUGUUUUCUCUGGGUUUCUGGAGUCAGAGCUGAAUGGAGGGAGGUUUUAGCCACCGUCCGCUCACACUUCGCUCCCGGACGGUGAAUCAAACUUCCACAGUCGGGCUUUGGUUUCCUCCACUGCAGCGUUUGAUGAGGUAACGUCUCAGAAAUGUUAUAAUGUGAUUCCCGGUCUUCGAGAGCGUUAGCUACAAGGAGCUCCCCGGGUGUGUUUAUAAACUUUACUCCCCCAGCUCCUCCCGGCUCGUGCUGCUCGCUUCUCCGUAUGGGUGUUGCGCGACCAUGAGGACGGAGGAGCAGGAGCUCCGCGGCGGGAAGACAAAAGCCAGAGCGCUCGGUGAAGCGACGUCGGCGAGGAAAAGGGCCUCCUGAACGUCUGCUGCCUCCUUCUGACAAAACCCCACAAACACACGCGGCUGCGUUGGAGAAAGUUUCUAAAAGUUCAGCAGCGACGCUUUCACGCACGCACGCACACGCAGGCAGGCAGGCGCGCGCUCACCUGGACGUAAAGUUUCCUCCGCGCGGAAACUCUGAUUUUAUUGUUGCGGUCUGGGUGGAUGUGUGAGGAUGGUGGAGAGCCGGAGCUGCGUCCAAAGAGAGGGGGUCUACUGCUGGUUCUCCUGCCUCACCUCCGCCCAGAGAGUGGAGUUCCUGUGCGGCCUGCUGGACCUCUGCGUCCCUAUCGAGCUCCGCUUCCUCGGGUCCUGCCUGGAGGACUUGGCCCGCAAGGACUAUCACUCCUUGCGGGAUGCGGAGAUCAAAGCCAACAACCCCGCAGACCUGUCGGGUCUCACCAACAUCACGGACGAGGUGGUCCGCAGCAAGUUGCUGGUGUCCCUGGCCCUGCUGGGUUCGGACAGCCGGGAGGCUGCGGGGGUCCUGUACCGGACCCUGACCCACAUCCACACGGUGAUCAACAACUACGGGUUGGCGUUAAACGACGGGAGGACGGAGGAGCAGUUCCUGCUGCUGUUCACCAUGGCCGCCAACCACCCGGCCUUCAGCUUUCACCAGAAGCAGGUGCUGAGGCAGCAGCUGGGUCAGAUCCAGGACAUCCUCCAGGCAAACGGAGCAGCAGGAGGAGGAGGAGGAGGAGGUGAAGCAGCAGCGGCUCCCAGCAGAGAUCAAGUCCCUCAACCUCCUCACUAUCACCACCAGGACACGUCCACGCCUCCGCCCUCACCGCUCCCCGCAGCCUUCUCCUCGCCCAACGCCACCAGCACCACCUACCUGCCUCCACCUCCUCAUCAGCCCAGCGACAUGCCCUACGCCUGCUUUCAAAAGAAUCAGAGCAGGGAGGUCUCAGCUGGUUCAGAGCCUGGUUCUGGACUUGCUCCAGGACCGGAAGACCACGCGGUCCCUCGCGAGCUCCUCUCUCCUCAGCCAGACUUUCGUUCUCCACCUCCCACACCAACCCGCCUGCCUCCAUCGCUGCCUGCUGGGUCGAGUCAGGAUGCACCGGUGAAGGGGAGAACGGGUAAAGCUGCGAUCGAGCGGGUGCUGCUGAGGCGAGUGACGCACACGUCUGAGGAUGCCAACGAAUACGUGUUCGAGGUUGGUUUGGCACGUUUGCGUUUUCCUUCAGGUUCGGCCUCUGAAAACCUUUCUUCUCUCUCUCAGGUGAGCUGGUCCGAUGGGUUUGUGUCACCGUUCAUCAAAACGCAGCAGGAGGUGGCCGAGCUGAUGUCUCAGCUGUCUCGAGCGUUUCCUGAUGACGGACUGGAGGAGCUCCUCCCUCCACCUUCAGAGGUCAACCCCAGGUGUCUCACAGCCCUGCCCUGCCACGUCCUCCAACACCCCACCGUCCAGCUGUUCUUCCCCCCUGACAGGCCUCUGUCUCCCAACUGUCCCUCGUCUCCCCCGUCUUCCCUUCCCAGCUCUUCCAUUGUCCCAGCUUGUUCUUUCACUUCCAGCUCCAAUCUUGGCUGCAUGCUGCAGAACAGAGGAGAAAACAGGGCGGUGUACAGAGUGGCCAGCGUCCAGCCUGUCGUCAGCACCAACAGCUCUGUGUUCACUCGCUCUACUCCUCACCUCUCCUCCCUCCUUCCUCCACCUCUUCCUCCUCCUUCCCAGCCUCUCUCCAUGUCCAUGAGGAGCUCUGACUCCUCCUCCCCGCUGCACCAUGGUCAGCCUCACUCCUACCCUCAGUCCCCCCAGCACUCCCAGCAUCUCUCACUGUCGCCCAGUACGCAGCUGCCGUUCCUCCCCCAGUCCCAUUCCCAACUCCGCUCCCAGUCCCAGCCAGCAUCACCGACACAGUCUCUGCCCAACACUGCGGAGCAGAACGGCAUCCUGGACUGGCUGCGCAGACUUCGGCUUCAUAAGUAUUACCCCGUCUUCAAGCAGCUCACCAUGGAGAAGUUUUUAGCGCUGACGGAGGAGGACCUGAACAAGUACGACCUGACCCAGGGAGCAAAGAAGAAACUCAAGACUCAACUAGAGCUCCAGAAAUCAGCAGACAGAGAGAUGAAGAUGGAGAAGCAUCCCUGCAGCAGCGUCGCCAGGGUGAUGCCCUCCAGUUACAUGGGCCCCCCUGCUAACCCCCUCUCUGCCAUCGCAGGAGAGCUGCGAGUGGACGUGGACAGUGUCUCGCCGCACCACCCAGCAUCCACAGACAGCAGCUCAUCCUCCGGCUACUCCAGCUCCUCCUGCUCGCCCCGGACCUUGCUCUGCUGCGACAACGCCUUCGACAGGAACAGAGACGUUCUCAGAUGUUUGUCCGCUCCAGGCGCAGCUGCAGGUGCUACGGAGAAGAGCCGACCCUGCCUGUUCAUCCUGAACUCCAGCUGUCCCACUGGUUCCGGUCGUCCCACGGCCCAAGUCCUCCCAGUCCAGACCGACCCAGCUCCUCCUCUCCCUCCUUCCGGCUCCUCCCACCCCCCCUUUGCUCUUCCCUUCCACCCGCAGCCCGGUUAUCCCCAGUCCAUCUCAAACCCGGCACGUAUCGUCUCCGCCCCACGGAAGCCCAGGCCCCCCCCGCUGUGCACAGAGGACAGGACUAAGCCGCUGGGUGCCAUUCCGGUUGGAGGAGGUUUUGGUUCGGGUCCUGGGGUGGGGGUAGGGGUGGCAGCGAGGCUGGAGAACCAGUUCACCGGUCAGAAUGUAGACGGCUCCUCCGGACCGCAGGAAUCCACCUGUCGAGUCCAAGCAGGAGGUCUGAUGGUGGAGACGAGUUCUGCUCUGACCUCCACCUCCAACAGCCUCCACCACGUCUCCCAGCCUCCUCUCCUCUUCCACCUCUCCUCCUCUCCAUCAGGAUACUGCUCCUACCCUCCUCCUUUCUCCCCUUCCUGCACAGUUUCAAAGCCCGGAAGCUCUGGCGGUGCCAGUGGGUACGUUCCCAUGGCAACCGCCAACACUGUCCCUAUGGCAGCCGUCCCUGGUAACGCCUACUACCAGCCCACCUCCUGCCCCGCCCCUUCCGUGCCCUCUGCCUCCCCAUUGGAUCAGAGCUCUGCUCACAGCCCUUCCACAUGUGUUUGCAGUUCCUGUGGUUGCCAUGGGAACUGUGGCGCCUACGGGGCGUUGCCUGGGUAUGCAGCUGCCGGCUAUCUGCAGCCGUUUUCAGUCGGGCCGUCCAUCUUCACCCUCGGUCCUCUGCUCCACCUCAGCCCAUUCUUAACUCCGUCCAGUGUCGGUGGCCCCGGGGCCCCGCCCUUCUCCUAUCCCACGAUGGCGCCGCCCCCCCUCUACCGCCAGAGCCCCACAUCACAUGACCAGCAGCAGAGCUUUGGCUUUUACCAGCCACACAGCCUCAUGGGAAACGGAGGCCAGAAGCGAGGCGCGGCGUCGUGUUGCAACUGCGGCGCUGCCGGACAUCAAGCCGAGGACUGCAAGCAGCCGCCGAUGGAUUCAACGCGGCAGGGAACGUUUCGACUGAAGUUCGCCUCUCACUCCCAGACUAAAGACUCAGGGGAUUAACGAGCAGGGAUGCUCCUCGUGUUCCUGCUCGAGCCAGCGGGGACGUGAGGAGGACGCGGGGAACUUCAGAUUCCCUCACACACAAACUCUAAAGAAAGCAGGAAAUGUGUUUUCACCAACAGCGUAGCUCGACGGAAGCUUCUCUGCUGGUUUUACGUUCUUCUGGGUGGAUCAUGAAAUGGGACAUCAUCCAUCCAUUCAGGCUUGGAUCAGAACAGGUUUUCCAAAGGAACUUCUCCCGUCUAACGGGCGUUUCAGGUUUAACUCCCCUUCUCUGGGCGAGACGAACACCACCUCUCUCCUCUCGUUGUCUCCAUGCUGUCUGAAGGACCUCUGAAUGGCUAACCAGCUCCUGGUUUCAUCUCCACCCGACUGCUGACAGGUCCUGGUUUCUGGGCAGGACCCGGGACAGCUGGUCCGUCAUGCGAGACUCUGAUCUGUACCCCUGGGGGGCACGGCGCCGGCAUGAGGGAUGUUCUAUUUAAAACGAGUAACGUCAAGUGCGUCUGAAAUAAAUCAGCUGGUGUUGUUGGACGUCUGGAGAAAAAAUUACUAUAAUUAAAUUUUUUGGCAGAUUCCAUUAAAACUGCUUCUUUGCAGAAGCGUGUUCUUUUAUUGGAUCUGUGCAGGUAGCGGGCCGGCGUGCAUGUCGCUGUGCCGUAGAAAAAGUCGACUUUCUUACUUUUAAAAUAUUUGAGCAAAUGACUGAAUGUUCUUUUACAACUUGAAUAUUUUUCUGAUGGUUCUGAAAAAUAAAAUCAUCCAGUGACAUUGA